AUUUGCGUAUAUGGAUCAUGUAACAGCUUUGUUAUCAUUUGUGCAUGGCAGGACAUAGGAAAUUAUCAGUUAAGAGUAUUACUUUAGUAAAGUAACUUUACAUCAAUAUAUUUAGAUAACCAUUCUUCAUCAUGAUAUAAUAUAUGCAAUUGCUGUUUGUAGUGUCAACAAUACAAUCAGAGAAUCCAGUUCUCUGCUCACCAAUUCACGGCAAGUUCUAGUUUAUCAAGAUUUCUCCAGAGGGAUAACUACAAACUAAUUAUUCAACCGGGUUUUUGCGUGAUUAGGACCUGAACUUUGGAUAUCGAUACAUGGAUAUCCAGUACUCGAGUACCAAUGUGAAGUGUUUAUCAUCAGCAGCUGACUUGAGACGACUAAAUUAGACUUUGCUAUCCGUUGAUUCCAUUUAAUCAUUUAUAGUGUAAAGACAUCAAUCAAGUCACAAGUCAAGAUGGUGUACUACCGCUUUCUAAGUACGAUGAACCGAUUACUGAGGUUCGACGGUCGUGUAGUUGUAGUUACGGGGGCCGGUGGGGGUCUUGGGAAGGCUUAUGCAAUGUUAUUUGCUGAGCGUGGGGCGUCCGUGGUCGUAAAUGACCUAGGUGGCAAUCAACAUGGGGACGGAAGCAGUUCCAGAGCUGCGGAUCAGGUUGUUCAAGAAAUUGUUCAAAAAGGAGGAAAAGCUGUCCCAAACUAUGACUCUGUAACUGAUGGAGAAAACAUUAUAAAAACAGCAAUCGACAAGUUUGGUAGAAUUGAUAUUCUGGUCAAUAAUGCGGGUAUCCUGCGAGACAGAAGUUUUGUCAAAAUGAGUAAGUCAGACUGGGACAUUGUGAACGAUGUACAUGUUACGGGCGCCUUCAAAACUACCAAAGCUGCCUGGGAUUACUUCCGAAAGCAAGAGUAUGGUCGAAUUAUCAACACGUCUUCAGUUGCCGGCUUGCUAGGAAAUUUCGGUCAGGCGAACUAUUCCAUGGCGAAAGCUGGCCUUUACGGAUUUUCCCAAACACUCGCAAAGGAAGGAGCAAAGUUUAACAUUCACACGAAUGUCAUUGUACCCAUGGCAGGGUCUCGUCUUACAGAAAAUAUCCUUCCCCCUGACCUUCACUCAGCUUUAAAACCCGAACUAAUUGCCCCUGUUGUUGCCUGGAUGUGCCAUGAAGACUGUGACGAUAAUGGAGUUGUUGUAGAAGCUGCUGCAGGCUUUGCAGCUAGAUACAAGCUAUUUAGGUCCAAAGGUGCUGUUCUUCGAGAAACUUUAAAUGAGCCAUUGACAAUCGAAGCGGUACAACAAAAAUGGGACACAAUUUUGGACAUGUCAGAGCCAGAUUGCCCAGAAUCUGCUGAAGAAGCAAUGGGAAAAAUGAUGGAUGCACUAAGGACUCAAGAAGUCGGAUCUUCAUUGAACAAUGUGACACGGUCUACUCUGGCUGGAAAGCCCUUUCCUGAAAUUAAAUACAAAUAUGAUCGGACUGCUCCUAUUUUAUACGCUUUGGGAUUGGGUGCCAGCACGACGGAUCAAUAUGCACUAAACUACUUGUAUGAAAAUUCAGAAGAUUUUCGCGUUUUGCCAACAUUCCCUGUCGUUCCAGCUUUACCUUGCAUGUUCGAUGUGAUGAAAGUUCCGAGUCUAAAUGUUGACUUUACCCAAGUUCUACAUGGAGAACAGUACAUUGAAUUGCAUAGACCAAUGCCUCAACAAGCCGAACUAACUUUGAAGACUGAAGUCGUUGAAGUAAUGGACAAGAUUUCUGGGGCUGUGUACAUUUUACGAGUAAAUGGAGAAGAUAGCUCUGGUCCCCUUUUCACCACUGAAUGGUCCGUCUUUGAAGUUGGGGCUGGGAAAUUUGGUGGAAAACGAGAUACUGACAAACCAAUUACACGACCUAUUGUGCCCCCAAAGCGAGGUCCUGACGCUGUGUUAGAAUUUAAGACUUGUGAUCGACAAGGAGCCCUUUACAGAUUGUCUGGCGAUUUCAACCCACUCCAUAUUGAUCCUGACUUUGCUCAGAUGGGUGGAUUCAACAAACCAAUUCUGCAUGGUUUAUGCAGCUUUGGUAUUGCAGCACGUUUGAUUUUGGAGAAGUACGCUGACUCAGAUCCCAAGCUAUUUAAAGCCAUUAAGGCCAGAUUUUCUAAACCGGUGUAUCCAGGGCAGACCUUAUCUGUUGAGACCUGGCGAGAAGGGAACCGAAUUCAUUUCGAAACCAAGGUGAAAGAAACUGGGGCUGCAGUUAUUACAGGAGCUUACAUGGACCUCCUUCAAGUAAAGGCCAAGCUAUAAAUCACCAUGCCUUGUUUUACCUGAGCACAAGAAACUCUUUGAAAGUACAGAACUUGAACCAAGUUGAUAAUUCAAACAUAAUUCCAGAUAAUCUAUGCCUUUCUGCAAAAAAAUAAUAUAAUGGUACUCUUAACAAAGAAAAUAAAAUAACAUGAAACACAAAAAA